AUGACAGUUGAAACUAUCUGGAAAUCAUUACCUAUUACUGAAGUUGAAGUUAGUUUGCAAAAAGUGUUGAGAUGUGGACAAACCUUUAGAUGGAAAAAUAUAAAUAAUGUAUGGUCUUUUACUAUACAAGACCGGAUUGUUUUAUUAAAACAAGAUUCAACUCACAUCCACUACUCCCAAGUUAUGAAAAAGGAUACCAAUGGAAAUCAUAAACAGACAUUAGAUUUUAUCAAUGAUUAUUUUGUUUUAGACACCAAAUUAACAGAUUUGUAUACACAUUGGAAAUUACAACAUGAACCAUUCAGAUCUAAGAAAAUAUCUCCCUUUGAUUCAUUUGCAGGUAUACGAAUCCUUCGACAAGACCCAUGGGAAUGUCUUAUUUCAUUUAUUUGUUCAUCAAACAAUAAUGUCAAGAGAAUUUCUAAAAUGUGUGAAAAUUUGUGUAUUAAUUUUGGUGAUUAUAUCAAUGAUUUUGAAGGUCAUGAAUACUAUACUUUCCCGACACCAGAAGCAUUAUCAAAACCUAACGUUGAAGCAAAAUUACGUGAUUUGGGAUUUGGAUAUCGUGCCAAAUAUAUUUAUCAAACAGCAUGUAAAUUCACCGACAAUAACAAAUAUCCUGACAUUACCAUCGAAAACUUAAACUUGUUAAGGGAAGCCAAGUAUACAACUGCGCAUGAAUUUUUACUACAGUUGACUGGUGUUGGACCAAAAGUUGCUGAUUGCAUUUGUCUUAUGUCCUUGGAUAAACAUGACGUUGUUCCGAUAGACACUCAUGUGUAUCAAAUUGCCGUGCGUGAUUAUAAGUUUAAGGGGAAUAAAUCCAUGAAAACAUUAAACAAAGAAACAUAUGCUGCCAUUAGAUUGUUUUUCAAAGACAUCUUUGGUGAAUAUGCCGGUUGGGCUCAAUCAGUUUUGUUUGCUGCAGAUUUGGCUGAUUUGAAUAAUGGAACGAAUAUUACUGAUACUACUACUACUACUACAACAACAACAAUUUCAGAUCAAAUUGAACCAUCCAGGAAAAGAAUAAAAGUUGAAAGGCAGAUAAAAGUUGAGAGUUAG